UAUGGUCCUUUUACUAAAAAUUGUUCUGUACCUUCUCUUUCUACUACAGUAUUGGAUACCAAUGAUAGAUUCCUGAGGAAGAUCACCAUCGGACAGGCUCCAACGGAGAAAGGGCACACACGGACGGCCCAGUUUGAUAUCUCUGUGGCCAGUGAAAUCAUGGCUGUGCUGGCUCUCACCAGUUCGCUAGAAGACAUGAGAGAGAGACUGAGCAGAAUGGUGGUGGCAUCCAGCAAGAAAGGAGAGCCCAUCAGUACCGAAGAUCUGGGGGUGAGUGGUGCAUUGACAGUGCUUAUGAAGGAUGCAAUCAAGCCCAAUCUCAUGCAGACAUUAGAGGGCACUCCAGUAUUUGUUCAUGCUGGACCAUUUGCCAACAUCGCACAUGGGAAUUCUUCUAUCAUUGCAGACCGGAUUGCCCUCAAGCUUGUUGGCCCUGAGGGGUUUGUGGUGACUGAAGCAGGAUUUGGAGCGGACAUUGGAAUGGAAAAGUUUUUUAACAUCAAAUGCCGGUAUUCUGGUCUCCGCCCUCACGUCGUGGUGCUUGUGGCCACAGUCAGGGCUCUUAAGAUGCACGGAGGCGGCCCCACGGUUACUGCUGGACUGCCUCUCCCCAAGGCUUACAUAGAGGAGAACCUGGAGCUGGUUGAAAAAGGCUUCAGUAACUUAAGGAAACAAAUUGAAAAUGCCAGAAUGUUUGGAGUCCCAGUGGUAGUGGCCGUGAACGCAUUCAAGACAGAUUCGGAGGCCGAGCUGGACCUCGUCAGCCGCCUUGCCAAAGAUCAUGGGGCUUUUGAUGCAGUGAAAUGCACACACUGGGCAGAAGGGGGCAAGGGCGCCUUAGCCCUGGCUCAGGCCGUCCAGAGAGCAGCUCAGGCACCCAGCAGCUUCCAGCUCCUUUAUGACCUCAAGCUCCCGAUUGAGGAUAAAAUCAGGAUCAUUGCGCAGAAGAUCUAUGGGGCUGAUGACAUUGAACUGCUUCCUGAAGCUCAACACAAAGUUGAAGUCUACACAAAACAGGGCUUUGGGCACCUGCCCAUCUGCAUGGCCAAGACACACUUGUCCUUGUCUCAUAACCCAGAGCAGAAGGGUGUGCCCACAGGCUUUGUCCUGCCCAUCCGUGACAUCCGUGCCAGUGUUGGGGCCGGUUUUCUGUACCCCUUGGUAGGCACGAUGAGCACGAUGCCUGGACUCCCCACACGGCCCUGUUUCUAUGAUAUUGAUUUGGACCCUGAAACUGAACAGGUUAAUGGGUUGUUCUAAAACAGAUUGCCCCUCUUCAAGAAGCUGCUCCAAAUAUUUGGCCGGUGUCCAUUCAGGCUGACUGUUGGUUAGGAAGUGUGGGGAAGUCCAGAGAAGUCCGCCCCUGCCCUGAAGAUCUUAGGCAAUCAAGAGCAGGCGUUUCCCCAGUAGCCUUCCUUUGGUCUUAAUUCCCACCACUGUGUAUAAAUUAACAUAAAUCAUGUGCAAGUCUGCUUACUUUACUGAAGUUCCACAGAAUAAAAGGAAAUGGAUUUUGCGA